AUGCAUAGUAGUACAACAAUAAAUAAUGAAGAUAAAAAUGAUAAUGAAUUCAAUGAUUCUGUUAAUUUAGAGGCGAAUAAUUUAUUAUUAGAUGGUAAAACUGAUGCAUUAAAUGAUGAAUCAAAAUCAAAUGAUCAGACUAAUUCUGAACCAGGUUUAAUAAAAGUUAUCAAUGAAGAACAUGCUGAGUCAGAUGUUGAUCAUAUACUCCCACUACCUAGUAGUAGUGCAUCUAAGCAAACAGUUUCACAAGUAGUACCAACUGUUCAAAGUGUUCAGCCACCAACUGCUUUUGCUGCUACCACUAGUACAAUGACUACUACUACUACUACUCCUACUACACCUGUCACUAAGAUUAAGCAUACACCGACAAGUAUAUCAUUAUUUGAUGCUGUUUCAAUGUUUUCAUUGGACGGUGAAGAAGUACAGUUUAAAAAUAAAGUUCGUCUUGACGGGCCUGUAGAAUCAUGGCUGUGUGAUGUAGAAGAUCAAAUGUAUAAAACGUUGAGAGAUAUGUUAAGAGAGUGCAGAUUCGCUUUAAAGAAAGCAGCUAAUAAACGUGAUAAAUUUAUUAAAGAAUGGCCUGGACAAUUGUGUAUUACAUCAAGUCAAAUUCAAUGGACAUCUGAUGUUACAAAAGCCUUACAACUGGUAUCACAUAGACAAGAUAAAAGGCCAUUGAAAACACUGAAACGUAAACAAAAGAAUAUUCUGGAGAAAUUCUCAGAAGCAAUACGUUCAAAUUUAACUAAAAUUCAACGUUUAAAAAUUAAUGCUCUAACUGUUGUUGAAGUUCAUCAACGAGAUAUUAUUGAAAAACUCUACAAAACUGGUUGUAAUGAUGUUAAUGCUUUUGAUUGGUUGAGUCAACUUCGAUUCUAUUGGGAUAAGGAACCAGAUGACUGUUUUGUUCGACAAACAAAUACAUCUUUUAGAUAUGGUUAUGAAUAUUUGGGUAAUAGUGGACGUUUGGUGAUUACUCCUCUUACUGAUCGUUGUUACAUUACGUUAACAACUGCUCUACAUCUACACAGAGGUGGUUCACCUAAAGGUCCCGCCGGUACUGGUAAAACAGAGACAGUAAAAGACUUAGGAAAAGCACUUGGUGAUUAUGUUAUCGUUGUCAAUUGUUCUGAAGGUUUAGAUUAUAAAUCAAUGGGUCGUAUGUUUGCUGGUCUUGCUCAAACUGGUGCAUGGGGAUGUUUCGAUGAAUUCAAUCGUAUUAAUAUUGAAGUAUUGUCAGUAGUUGCUCAACAGAUUCUUUCAAUUCUGUCAGCAUUAGCAUUAGCUGAACAGUCGGGUAAUCAGAAUGCUAAGACAAGAUUUAUGUUUGAAGGUCGAAUGAUUCAAUUAGUUUGGUCAUGUGGUAUAUUUAUUACAAUGAAUCCUGGUUAUGCUGGACGAACAGAAUUACCUGAUAAUCUAAAGUCUAUGUUCAGACCAAUAGCAAUGGUUGUACCAGAUUCAUCAAUGAUUGCAGAAAUUACACUAUUCGCAGAAGGUUUUGGUUCGACUAAGAUUUUAGCAAAGAAAGUAUUCACUUUGUAUAGUUUAACAGUUCAACAAUUAAGUAAACAAGAUCACUACGAUUUUGGUCUGAGAGCUUUAGUUUCUGUCCUACGUUAUGCUGGUAAAAAGAAACGAGCUAAUCCGAAUAUGUCAGAUGAAGAAUUACUGCUACUGUCAUUAAAUGAUAUGAAUUUAGCAAAGUUAACUGCAGUUGAUUUACCAUUAUUCAAAGGUAUUAUAACUGACUUAUUCCCAAAUAUUGAAUCACCAUCAAUGGAUUAUUCAAAGAUUAAAAAUGCUUUACAAGAAGAAUGCAAUAAACUCAGUCUGCAGAUGACACCUUUUACAUUGGAAAAAGUUGUACAACUUUAUGAAACUAAAAGCUCAAGACAUUCAGUUAUGAUUGUUGGUAAAACUUUAUCCGGCAAAUCAACAACAUGGCGUUUACUUAAAGCAGUUCAUAAUUCACUGGCUAAAGAACCAAAUUCUGAAUUUGAACGAGUCACUGAGUAUCCAUUAAAUCCUAAAGCUUUGUCUUUAGGCGAAUUAUAUGGUGAAUUUGAUUUAUCAACUAAUGAAUGGACUGAUGGUGUACUUUCAAGUAUUAUGCGUCAAACGUGUUCAGAUGAAUCAUCGUCAUUAAAAUGGAUUAUAUUUGAUGGUCCAGUAGAUACUCUUUGGAUUGAAAGUAUGAACAGUGUUAUGGACGAUAAUAAAAUAUUAACUUUGAUUAAUGGAGAAAGAAUUUCAAUGCCUGAACAAGUCUCAUUACUUUUUGAAGUGGAAGAUUUAUCAGUUGCAUCGCCUGCAACUGUAUCACGUUGUGGAAUGGUAUACAAUGAUGUCAAUGAUUUAGGAUGGUGGCCUUAUGUUGAAUCAUGGCUAUCUAAAAAGACAGAUAAAAUAUUAGUUGAUGAAACAAGAAAUUUCUUCAAUAAAUAUAUAAAUAAUCUAUAUGAUCAUAUCAGAUUGAAUUGUAAUGUUGUAAUUCCAAUGAGUUUAACAAACACAAUAAUUUCAUUAUGCAAACUGUAUGAUUGUUUGGCUACUCCUGAAGUUUGGGCUGAUCCAGCUGAUGUUGAUUAUUAUCCACGUUUAUUAGAAAUGACCUUCCAGUUCUGCAUGAUAUGGUCUGUUGCAUGUAUGGUCGAUGAAGAUGGUAGAAAAAAAGUUGAUGCGUACAUUCGUGAAAUUGAAGGCAGUUUUCCUAACAAAGAUUCAGUCUAUGAAUAUUAUGUAGAUCCUAAAACAAGAUCAUGGGUACACUGGGAGGAGAAAUUAAAAGCUGGUUGGAAAUAUUCACCAGAUAUGCCGUUCCACAAAAUACUUGUACCCACUGCAGAUACAGUUCGAUAUAACUUUAUUUUGGAAUGUACAGUACAGCAAAAAUAUCCCGCUUUAUUAGUUGGAUCAGUUGGAACUGGGAAGACAUCACUAGCAUUAAAUUUAUUAAGAAAUUUAGAUCCAACAGAAUGGACUAAUCUUACGAUAUACAUGUCUGCUCAAACAACAUCAAAUAAUGUACAAGACAUAAUUGAAGGUCGUGUAGAGAAACGUACAAAAGACACAUUUGUACCAGUUGGUGGUGGAAAGAUGCUCACUUUCAUGGAUGAGUUUAAUAUGCCAGCAAAAGACAGUUCUGGUUCUCAACCGCCAUUGGAACUGAUCCGUCAAUGGUUAGAAUAUGGAUUUUGGUAUGAUCGCUUGAAGCAAACUAGGAAGAAAAUAAAAGGUAUGCAGUUGAUGGUGGCAAUGGGUACACCAGGCGGUGGAAGAAUGGUAAUAUCUCGACGUCUUCAAGCUCAUUUCCAUCAGAUUGCUGUCACAUUCCCAACGGUAUGA